AUGGCUAGAGGCCCUGUAAGUUCCCUGUUUCGGAUUUAUGGCUGUAAGAAAAGCAUAUCUAGGCUUAGGGUUUUGAUCUGGAACCAAUAUGACCGCUCUGUAUCACCAAAGUUCACAUCUUUUCCUGCUUUAGAUUCCCAAAACUGUUCGUAUUCCACGAGCUUAGUGGAUCAAGUUUGUCUUAGAUUCAAUCCACAUAGCCCAAAAUAUUUGGGGUGUGAUACUGUUUAUGUCAAGCCAUUUUCAACUGGUGUGGAAGAUGGGCAUGAGGAUGAGGAUGUGAGUGAUAGUAGAGCAGUGGUUGAUGAAUUUGAUGCGGAUGUGGGGAAGGUUGUGGGCCUUGAUCUCUCGAGUGAGGAUAAGGUGGAUUAUAUUUCAUCGGAAUCGGAAGAUAGUGAUGAAGGUGAGAAUGAGGCUGUGGUUAGUGAUUUGAUGGUGGAAGAGGGUAGUGAUGAGAAUGUGAGUUCAAUGAGAGCGGUGAGCUUUCAACAUGUUGCGUCGCGCGACCCUGUUGUGCUGUAUAGGGAGCUUUGUAAUAAUGAGAAGGGCGCAAAGCAGUCGCGGAGUGAUUGGGAGACUCUUCAAGAGAUGUUUGGUUAUUUUGGAAAAUCAGGUUGGGCGACUGAUCAGGCUCUUGCAAUAUACAUUGGCAGGUCAUUUUUUCCUCAUGCUGUGCAUAAGUUUCGGAGCUUCUUCUUCAAGAAGUGUUCUGCUGAUGUUGCCAAGUAUUUGGUGUCCCUUGGUCCAUCUAAUGAUGCAGUUAAGUUUUUAUUUCCCUUGUUUGUUGAAUAUUGUUUGGAAGAGUUUCCUGAUGAGAUUAAGCGUUUUCGUUCUAUGGUUGCAUCAGCGGAUCUCACAAAGCCCCAUACUUGGUUUCCAUUUGCACGGGCUAUGAAGCGUAAGAUAGUUUAUCACUGUGGUCCAACCAAUAGUGGGAAAACUUUCAAUGCCUUGCGACGAUUUAUGGAAGCAAAGAAGGGUAUCUACUGCAGUCCUCUGAGAUUAUUGGCUAUGGAAGUCUUUGACAAAGUUAAUGCAAAUGGGGUGUAUUGUAGUCUUCACACAGGGCAAGAAAAGAAAUUUGUCCCAUUCUCAAAUCAUGCUGCUUGUACAGUAGAAAUGGUGUCAACCGACGAAAUGUAUGAUGUUGCUGUCAUUGAUGAAAUUCAGAUGAUGGCAGAUCCAUAUAGAGGUUUUGCAUGGACGCGAGCAUUACUUGGCUUAAAGGCCGAUGAGAUACAUUUGUGUGGAGAUCCAAGCGUUCUCAACGUUGUUCGAAAGAUCUGUUCAGAGACUGGUGAUGAGUUGUAUGAGCAGCAUUAUGGGAGGUUUAAGCCAUUGGUGGUUGAAGCAAAAACGCUAUUGGGAGAUCUUAAGAAUGUUAGGUCUGGAGAUUGUGUGGUUGCUUUUUCAAGAAGAGAGGUAUUUGAGGUUAAAAUGGCAAUUGAAAAACACACCAACCACCGGUGUUGUGUCAUUUAUGGUGCCUUGCCGCCAGAAACUCGUAGACAGCAGGCAAAUUUAUUUAAUGAUCAAGAUAAUGAAUAUGAUGUUCUUGUUUCUACUGACGCAGUGGGAAUGGGUCUGAAUCUUAAUAUUAGGAGGGUUGUAUUCUAUAGUCUUGCAAAAUACAAUGGUGACAAAGUUCUCCCAGUUCCAGCAUCUCAGGUGAAGCAAAUUGCUGGAAGAGCUGGUCGGAGAGGAAGUAUCUAUCCAGAUGGACUUACUACCACAUUGAAUUUAGAUGAUCUGGAUUACUUGAUCGAGUGUCUGAAGCAGCCUUUUGAAGAAGUUAAGAAAGUGGGCUUGUUUCCUUUCUAUGAGCAGGUUGAGCUAUUUGCAGGGCAAAUUCCUAACAUUACAUUCUCCCAGCUACUUGAAAAAUUUAGUGAAAAUUGCCGCCUGGAUGGGUCAUACUUCUUGUGUCGACAUGAUCAUAUAAAGAAGGUUGCAAAUAUGUUACAGAAGAUUCAGGCAUUAUCUCUGGAGGAUCGUUUUAACUUCUGUUUUGCCCCAGUAAAUAUCAGAGACCCAAAAGCUAUGUUCCAUCUUCUAAAGUUUGCUCAGUCAUAUAGCCAGAAUCUCCCUGUCAAUAUUGCUAUGGGAAUUCCAACGGAUUCUGCUCGUAGUGAUAAGGAACUCUUGGAUCUUGAGACUAAGCAUCAAGUGUUGUCUAUGUAUAUGUGGUUGUCACACCACUUCAAGGAAGAAACUUUUCCGUAUGUGAAGAAGGCUGAGGCAAUGGCAACAGAUAUUGCAGAAUUGCUGGGUCAGUCUCUAGCCAAAGCUAACUGGAAACCAGAAUCAAGGCAGGCAUCAAAGCCUCAACAGAAGGAAGAUAGUUAUGAGAGGCCAUUGUCACGCAUCAAACAGUAUCAGAAGAACAGGUCUUUAGAAUCUGAGCACUCAGAGAAGGUAGCUGCCUAGUGUUCUUGCAUGUAAUUUUGCUGUCAGAAUGGAUAGGAAGGAGACUAGAAUAUGUGUACAAUGCUUUAGGAGAACAAACUUAAGGGUUUUGUAACAAAAGAGAGCAUGCCCUCUGGAAACACAGAACAGCGACCUAAAGAAGCCAUAGCGUCUGCCAAAUGAUUUGCUACCUUCAGAUGUGUGAAAAAUACUUCAGCUUGCAGUUUACUAUCUUAAACCUUUGUACAUGUACAGUAUAGAUGUGAAACUAAUUUAUGGUCUGUGUUGUUCUCUAAAUGAAUGACCAGUAUUUUUGGGGGUCAUAAAGUUCCGCAGAUGUUACAAGUUAAUAACUGGUAAAGUACCAGAGUAGAUGAAUAUGAAGUUCGAGCCAUUAGUGCCUGAGAGUACUCCCUUCAAAA